CACGCGUUGCAUUUCAGCAAACCUGGUAUUUACUCUCCAGCUCACCUCUCUGUCUCUCUCUCUUUCUGUGUGUGUGUGUGUCUGUCUCUCUCUCUCUCUGUGUCUCUGUACAUAGAGAGAGACACACACAGACGCAUCUAUAUAUACACGCACAUGCACAAUAUACGUCUCUGUCUCUCUCUAUCUCUUUAUUCGCUUCUUGGCUAAAUCUCUGUUUCCUCGCUCUAAUUCUCUCAAAAAUCCGGCGCUGCAUUUGGAGGAAAUUCGUGAAACCCUUUUUGAUUUAAUCAACCGAUAGAAGGAAAAAUUUUAGUGAGUAUUACAAGAAAAGCUUUUGCUUUGUGGGGAAAGGCGAUCGGAUGCCGGCUGUGGUGUUUUGAAUAGGAUUAGGGGCGUAUAUUAUACGUAGAUAUAUAUAUAUAUAUAUAUUUAGGUAUAUAUAUACACUGAAAAUACGUAGGUUAAAAAGAAGGUCGGCUGACGAGUAUGGGAGGAGAAAUAGUGUAUGCUGAAGAGGAAGGAAAGGAAGAGGUGAGGAAUGAGGGAGAGGUAGAGGAAGAAAAAAUGGUGGCCGCGCAUAGGAAGUUUACGGCAGCGGGCGGAGGGUUUCCGCCGGCGAUGAAGGCGGUGGUGGUUGGAUAUGCUCUUACUUCCAAGAAGAUUAAGAGCUUUUUGCAGCCCAAGUUUGAACGGCUUGCAAGGAAUAAGGGAAUUCGGUUUGUAGCUAUUGAUCAAAGUAGGCCCCUUUCAGAACAAGGUCCUUUUGACAUUGUGUUACAUAAGUUAUCUGGAAAGGAAUGGCGGCGAGUACUUGAGGAUUACCGGAAUGCACACCCUGAGGUCACAGUUCUUGAUCCUCCUGAUGCCAUACAACAGGUGCACAAUCGUCAGUCCAUGCUUCAGGAUGUUGCUGACCUGAAUCUGUCAGACCCCUAUGGAAAAGUCGGUGUGCCUAAACAGUUGGUCAUCAAGAAAGAUUCAUCGGCUAUUCCUGGUGCAGUGAACAAGGCUGGGCUGAGACUACCAAUUGUGGCAAAGCCUUUGGUUGCAAAGUCACAUGAGUUAUCUCUUGCAUAUGAUGAGUUCUCCCUCCAAAAGCUGGAACCACCACUUGUUUUGCAGGAAUUCAUUAAUCACGGAGGCGUACUCUUCAAAGUUUAUAUUGUUGGCGAAGCGAUAAAGGUAGUAAGGCGAUUUUCCUUACCUGAUGUCAGCAAGCGUGAACUAUCAAAGAAUGCUGGCGUUUAUCGCUUUCCGAGGGUAUCUUGUGCAGCUGCAUCUGCUGAUGAAGCAGACUUGGAUCCUUGUGUUGCUGAGCUACCUCCAAGACCAUUACUGGAGAGACUGGCUAGAGAACUACGCAGGAGGCUGGGCCUCCGGCUGUUCAACUUGGACAUAAUCCGAGAGCACGGAACUCAAGACCACUAUUAUGUGAUAGAUAUAAACUAUUUUCCAGGCUAUGGAAAAAUGCCAGAAUAUGAACAUAUAUUCACAGAUUUCCUUCUAAGCCUGGCACAGAGCAAAUAGAAAGAGCUGAUAACACCUCUGCUGUACAAGACGUUAAGGCUCGAAAACAGCAGGAAAAAUCAGAAGCAUGACUCCUGCAAUGCUCACCAAUCAUGAUUUUGCAUCGGAGGCUAAAGAAAGCAAGAAAUUAGUUUCUCUACUCUUGGUCCUCGGCAAUAAGUUAAGUUGCUGCGAAGGCAAUAGAUCAUCUUGGAGAAAGUCCAGGCGAUGAUUCUACGAAGGUCUUUUAUCGUUAACGUUUCCUCUCUACUAUUGCUAAUACUCAUUUUCAUAUGCGCCUGCACGUUUUCUUGUUUUACUGAGGGGUAGUAGUUGGUCGAUCCGGGACGACCGACUCCAUUAUAGUAUUGACGAGUAGUAGUAGUUGUCGGCCAAAGUGUAUUUCACAUGUAUAAGGCCUUCUGAUUCUCCCUGUAAAUCCUUCUUAGUUUAAACUUGUAAAAGUUUGCUCCCAGUUGGCUUAUUUA